AGGAGCUCCAGGGAGCAACAAAGCCGGGUUUCAUUCACUUCUUUACUUUCUUAAACUCACAACUUUCAAAUCACUUCUUCAAUCCCAUAUACCCCUACUUCAACGGUCAUUGUCACAUUUUCUGCGAAGCACUGAUCUGCCUAUUGAAAAAUGCCUCGAACUGCUAUCUUCGUCAUCGACAUCCAGAACCAACUGGCCGUUGAUUCAACCUCUCGCGUCCCUCAAGCGGAUCGCGUCAUCAAAGCCUCUGAAGAGAUUCUACAGACAGCUCGGUCCAUCACCGACUCCAAUGGAAACAGCAGCAGUCCACUUAUUGUUUUCAUUCAGCACGAAGAGUCUCCGAAUGAUGGAGCUCUGGUAAAGGGGACUGAGCCCUGGGGGCUCGUCUUUCAUCCUCGCGCGCACGCAGAGGGUGAAAUUUUGGUAGCGAAGAAGACAGGUGACACAUUCAAAUCCAACCGCGACCUCGCGCAGAGGCUGCGCAACGCCAACGUCACCGAAAUCGUCGCGUUCGGCCUGCAGAGCGAUGCCUGCGUUGAAGCAACAUGUACCGGCGCGCUGGCAGCAGGUUUCCACGUAACGGUACUGGCAGGCGCACAUUCUACCUACGAUGCCGAUGGAAAGACCGCCCAGGAAAUCGAGCGUGAAGUCGAACUUCGCCUCUCGACACGCGGCGCUCGUGUUGUCCGGUGGGAGAAGGCGAUCGCGAAAUGGGUGGAGAAGCAACAGGUUGUCUGAUUCGCUUCUUUUGUUUUCGAUUUAUUUCAUCAUUGUACAUGUUAGAUUUGCCAGGAACUUUGCCUGAA